GUAGCUCCCUUCUUCUUCUUCUUCUUCUUCUCCCCAAAACCCUAAUUCAAACCAAACCCUCUCACCUUCCACAUGGGCUCCCGCCUCCCAAUUCUUGACCUCAAUGCCUCCCCUACCCCUCCUCCUCCUCCUCCACCCGCCCCCAAUCCCGCCGUAGCCCCGCUCAGGGUCCCCAAAAUCGAACCCAAAGCCGAGCCUUACGAUGAUUCCAUGGACACCGCCACCGCUCCACAACCACCCCAACCGCCACAAGAUCCCUCCGACAUUUUCCUCAUUUCCCAAACUACCCCUCCGGCUGCCACCCCCGCCGACCAGACCACCGUCUACUCCGAGUUCCACCGCAUUCAGGAGCUCUUCCACACCGCCUUCGCCAAAGGAAUCCAUAACGGCGGCGGCGGCGGAGGAGAGGAGGACGGCGUGGUGUUGGACCCGGAGACCGGCGCGAUGGUCCCGGUGGAGGACAACGGCCAGAACCGGCAGCUGGCGGAGGCCGUCCACCGGAAAAAGUACCCGCAGCGGUCGAACGAGCUCGUCCGAGUCACCGAUCUCAGCGUCGAGGACCACCGCUACUUCCGCGAUGUCGUCAGGAAGACGCGGAUGCUCUACGACGCGAUUCGGAUCAUCUCAAUCGCCGAAGAAGAGAAGAAGAAUCCGGGUCAGGGGAAACGGACCCGGGGCGACUUACGGGCCGCGUCGGUGCUCCGGGACCGCGGCCUCUGGCUCAACCGCGACAAACGCAUCGUGGGGUCCAUCCCAGGGGUCUACAUCGGCGACUUGUUCUUCUUCAGAAUGGAGCUUUGUGUGGUGGGAUUACACGGCCAGGUCCAGGCCGGAAUCGACUACCUCCCGGGGAGCCAGAGCUCCAAUAGGGAGCCGAUUGCAACGAGCAUUAUCGUCUCCGGUGGCUACGAGGACGACGAGGAUGCCGGCGAUAUGAUCAUCUACACAGGGCAUGGAGGGCAGGACAAGCUCAACAAGCAAUGUGCACACCAGAAGCUCGAGGGAGGGAACUUGGCAUUGGAGAGGAGUAUGCAUUACGGCAUUGAUGUGAGGGUUAUUAGGGGGAGGAAGAUACAGAGUGCGGUUUCGCAAAAGGUGUAUGUGUAUGAUGGUUUGUAUAGGAUUAUAGAGACUUGGCUUGAUGUUGGGAAAUCGGGGUUUGGUGUGUAUAAGUUUAAGUUGCUGAGGAUUGAGGGGCAGCCCGAGAUGGGGAGCUCGGUGCUUAAGUUUGCAGAGAGUCUUAGGACUAGGCCCUUGUCUGUGAGGCCGAGGGGUUAUCUUAGUUUGGACCUCUCGCAGCAGAGGGAGAAGAUUCCGGUGUUGCUUUUUAAUGACAUUGAUGAUGAUCAGGAUCCGUUGUAUUAUGAGUAUCUUAGGACGGCUGCAUUUCCGACUCAUGUGUAUCAUCAGUCGGCAAAUGGCCAUGGCUGUGAGUGUGUUAGUGGUUGUAAUGACGGUUGCUUCUGCGCCAUGAAAAACGGAGGGGAGUAUCCUUAUGAUCAGAGUGGGUUUCUUUUGAGGGGGAAGCCUGUGGUGUUUGAGUGUGGGGCCUUCUGCCGUUGUCCCCCAGGGUGUAAGAAUCGUGUCAGCCAAAAUGGAUUGAAAAAGAGACUAGAAGUGUUUAGAUCAAGGGAAACAGGUUGGGGAGUUAGGUCUUUGGACUUGAUACAUGCCGGUGGUUUUAUAUGCGAGUAUACAGGAGUUAUUCUCACAAGGGAGCAGGCUCAUAUCUUUGCUAUGGAUGGUGAUAGCUUGAUUUAUCCCCAUCGGUUUGCUGAUAAAUGGGCAGAAUGGGGAAACUUAUCUCAGAUUUAUCCUGAUUAUGUGCGUCCUACUUUUCCGGCAAUUCCCCCUCUGGAUUUUGCAAUGGAUGUGUCAAAAAUGAGGAAUGUUGCUUGUUAUAUGAGUCAGAGUAGCACUCCAAAUGUGAUGGUGCAGUUCAUUCUCUAUGAUCACAACAACCUGAUGUUUCCUCAUCUUAUGCUAUUUGCAAUGGAGAACAUUCCUCCUAUGAGGGAGUUAAGCCUUGACUAUGGGGUAGCAGUGGCUGAUGAAUGGACAGGCAAACUUGCUAUCUGUAACUGACGAAUUUUGAAGGUGUGAUACAUGCCCGACAAAGUUAUGGGAAUAUGCCGCCGUAAGAAUUCAUUCAGGCCCUGUUUACGGAAAAUUUGCUAUCUCGCUUUUGAGUUCCCUGGUCCUUAAUUUUUGUAUAUGCUGGCAAUGUAAAUUUUCCUGUCAGAUGAUCCAAAAGUAUUGGCUUGGCUGAUGUACACGACAAUUGCAGCUACCAGGUGGAGAAGAAAAACUGCAAUUACGUUGCUCGCUGACCAAGCCACAGACGUAGCUGCAAUGAUGCGCUUGACAUUUUUCACUGUUUAUAAUUUCUCGACUUCUUUGAUGACAAAGUCUGCCCUGCACAGCCAAGCAAUUCUACUACGACUGAUAAUACUUGCCCUUUAGGUUUAUCAAGCUUGUAAACCCAACUGUACUAAUCCCUUGUACCCACUUGUAGCAUUGUAUAUAUAAUGACAAAUGGCUGAAGUUUGUACAUAAAUUGUAUAAUUAGUAUUCCCACUUGAUGUUUGCAAAGAUCCAUUUCU